AUGCUACUACGUUCUUUGACAGGUGCUCUCGCUUUAGGUGCUGGUUUGGCUCAGGCUGCUAGCAGCAGCAACAGCUCCACGCCCUCCAUUACCAUCAAGGGCAAUGCCUUUUUUGAUUCAGAUUCCGGUGAGAGAUUCUAUAUUCGUGGUGUCGACUACCAGCCAGGUGGCUCUUCUAACUUGACCGAUCCCUUGGCUGACUCUUCUAUCUGUGACAGAGAUGUUCCCGUUUUGAAAGAUCUAGGGAUCAACACUGUCAGAGUUUACACCGUGGAUAAUUCGCAAGACCAUUCUCACUGUAUGAAGUUGUUGCAAGAAAACGGUAUUUACUUGAUUCUGGAUGUCAAUACUCCCACCAGUGCCAUUUCUCGUUAUGAUCCUGCUUGCUCCUAUAACGCAGAUUACUUACAAAACGUGUUUGCUACAAUUGACACCUUUGCUGAUUACGAUAAUGUUCUAGGGUUCUUUGCCGGUAACGAAGUCAUUAAUAGCGUUAAUACGACAGAUACUGCUACUUACGUCAAGGCCGUGGUCAGAGAUAUGAAAAAAUACAUCAAGGCUAGAAAAUAUAGACAGAUUCCAGUAGGUUAUUCUGCUGCUGAUAUCGUCGCUAACAGGCAAUUGGCUGCUGAAUAUUUCAACUGUGGCGAUGAUGCCGAUGCCAGAAUUGAUAUGUUUGGUGUCAACGAUUAUUCUUGGUGCGGUGAAUCUUCAUUUGUCGUAUCAGGCUAUGCAACCAAGAUGAAGCUUUAUCAAGAUUACUCUGUUCCAGUCUUUUUAAGUGAAUUUGGUUGUAAUCAAGUCAAGAGCUCCCGUCCAUUCACAGAAAUUGAAGCUAUAUACUCCACUCAGAUGUCUUCUGUGUUCUCUGGUGGGUUGGUCUACGAAUAUUCCAAUGAAACUAACAAUUAUGGGUUGGUUGAAAUUAAUGGUGAUAAAGUUACGAAGUUGACGGAUUUUGACAACUUGAAAACCGAAUACAGUAAAGUUUCUGACCCAAAAGGUGAUGGUGGUUACACUACUUCCAACAACUAUUCUUCAUGUCCCGACUAUGAAAAGGGCGUUUGGGAAGCCAACAAUACUUUACCCGCCAUGCCAAGUGCUGCUUCUGCCUAUCUCAAGUCCGGAGCAGGUUCUCCAAUGGGGACCGGCAUAGCCACACAACAAAGCUGUGAUUCUGAUGACGAUGAUGAAGACGAUGACGAGACUUCUUCUUCCUCUUCUUCUGACUCAUCAUCUUCUUCUUCUUCUUCUUCUUCUUCUUCCUCUUCUGAAUCAUCGUCCACUUCAAAGGCAUCUUCCUCUUCGUUGACGGCCUCCGCUAGUGAAACUAGCUUGGUAAAGUCUGCCGCAUCUGCUACCUCGUCUAGCCAAUCAUCCUCAAAAUCAAAAGGCACAGCCGGUAUUAUCAGCAUUCCAAUGAUUUUCCGCGCAAUGGCUGACAUUUAUAACUUGAUUUUAUGA